CGAGGAUCAGAGGUUCACUUUUAUGGUCACUCUAAGACAACUAUUUGAAAAAGGAUAUUUUGGAAAAAUGUUAAGUACCCAAUUAAUUAUGGAACAGAUCCGAGAUCAUCCCAUUGUGGCCACCAUUAGCAUUGCUGUCGGCGCGGUUCUGGCAUCCGAGGUGAUGUGGAAGGCGGUUUUGUACUUUCGGGACAAACGGGAGAAGGCACGCCGCGUGCACGAAGUGGUCUGCUUCAAUGAACUGGGCGAGAUCUGUGCCACACAGCAUCUCCGGAACUGCAUGCCGGGAUCACCGGAACCCGUGGUGUUCCGCUGCAAGAACAAGCACUGCACCCUGAGAAAUGUGGGCAAGAUCGUGGAGCAGAUCGACCGGGCGGAGCACUCCAUUGACUUGGCCAUCUACACCUUCACCUCGCUGACCCUGGCGGAAGCUUUUAAGCGAGCCCUGCAGCGCGGCGUGAAUAUCCGGAUUAUCAGCGACGGGGAGAUGGUCUACUCCGGCGGAUCGCAGAUCACUACGCUGGCUCGCUUUGGAGUGCCUGUGCGCGUCCCCAUCACCACGUACAUGAUGCACAACAAGUACUGCAUAAUCGAUGGAGUGGAGCGCGUCGAGGAGAUUCGCAUGCUUAAGAAGCGCAAGUGGAUGCGUCCAUGUUACAGUAUCGCCAUCAUCGGUUCCGUCAACUGGACUCGCCAGGGAUUCGGUGGAAAUUGGGAGGCCUGCGUGAUCACCCAUGACGAGAAGCUAACGCUCAUGCUCCAGGCGGAGUUCAACCGCAUGUGGAAGGCCUUCGAGAAGGCCGAGAACAAAAUAAUCCAGAAGGAAUAGAAAACCUCAACGGUUAGGACUUGGCAGCUUUUUACCAAAAGGUUCACCCACAUUACCAAACAGUUCCUUUAAACUAUUGAAUAACUAUAAAAUAGAUUUGAUAAUAAUUCCCAGCGUAAGUGACUAUUUAGCAAGGUUUAGGAAUCGUAAAACAAUAAGCUUAACAAUUUACAUAGACCAGUUAUACCAAUAAAAAAGGUACAAAAAAAAUUUACAAAAAAAAAAAACAGUACACCUAAAAAUAAUGAUAUUUUUAAGCUUUGACUAUUUUCAUUAGUAAGUUAAGUUUAUCUUUUCAAUACCAUUGAAACAUUUUCGGGACUAGAAACAACAAGUGACAUCUGUGAUUGUCACACUGGAAUUAAUUAUGAUUUUAGAUUCUAUUUUUAUUAAAAGCUAGUUUUUGUUAUAAUCUGCUUUCAUUGUUAUCAUUUUGAAUUUUUAUAAAAAACUAUUGUUCAAAAAGGAAAUUUAUAACCAACUAUUACCAUUCAUGAAAAACUCUUAUUAUUUUUUUAUUUUAUUAUAUUUCUAUUGUUUUCUUAAAAUAAACCCAUUCAGCUAUAAACUA